AUGGCACCGACCGAUCGUGACGUACUGGUAGCCCUCUACAACGCGACCGAUGGACCUAAUUGGAAGAACAAGACCAACUGGGACACAAAUGCCGAUCUGUCGGACUGGCACGGGGUCAAAGCCGACGACCAGGGCCGCGUGGUGAAGCUGUCUCUAAGCGCGAACAAACUCCGAGGUUCUAUCCCGCCGCAGCUUGGAAACCUCAUCGAGCUGAAGGAGAUGCAGUUCAACGACAACCCCCUCACAGGGUCAAUACCGCCGGAGCUGGGAAGCUUAUCCCAGCUGAGGCUGCUAAAGCUUUACCGGAAUCAGCUGAGCGGUCCCAUCCCGCCAGAGCUGGGAACGCUCGCAGCACUGAAAAACCUCUCCCUUCGGGGAAACCGCCUAUCUGGACAAAUACCACCGCAGCUAGGAAAUCUGCGCGCCUUGGAGACUCUCGCUCUCAGCGGGAACAAGUUAAAUGGAACGAUACCGGAGAAGCUAGGGAAACUGACUGCGCUGGAGGACCUUUCUCUCAGAAACAACAAACUCGUAGGACAAAUACCACAGCAGCUAGGAAGUUUGCGCGCCGUGAAGACUCUCAAACUCAGCGAUAACAAGUUACGUGGUCCUAUCCCGCGAGAGCUGGGAAAUCUGCGACAGCUGCAGACUCUGUGGCUCAGCAACAAUCAGCUCACAGAGAUCCCCCCCGAGGUUCUUGAGCUGUGUCGGGAGAUUCUAGGAGAGCCGUCGUGGCAUGCAAACCCUUGGUCACGGCCGCCGUCGACGGUGCUGGAGUCUGGGUUCGAGAGGGCGCUGGGCUGGUGGGAAGACGUGAAGCGGUUUGGUGAGGGCAAGUCAAACAAGCUGAAGAUGGUGCUCGUGGGCCUGGCAGGGGCCGGGAAAACCACCAUUGUUCGCCACAUGACAGGUAGGUCAGUCCCCAAACGUUCUGACCGCACGGUGGGCAUCGAGAUCACAACGGACUGGAAGCCGGGAGAUGAGGUGCCCCUGCAGGUUAGCGUCUGGGACUUCGCUGGCCAAGCGGACUACUACUCCUCCCAUCAGCUGUUUCUGACCAAGGGUGCUUUGUUUCUGCUUGUAGUGGACCUCCAUGCCUUUUCCAAAGAGAUAGGAAGUGGAGUGGACAACUUUACCGACCCUCGUCGGCGUAUCUACUGGUGGCUUGAGAUGCUCCACAUGCGUGUCCCUGGCGCGGCCGUAGCUCUCGUAGGGUCCCACGUCGACCAGAUGGAGAGUGAGGAUGCUCGCCAAGCCGAGACCCAUCUUCACACCGGUGAGGCAUCGUGGUUCUUUCGAGGACGAGUACCAUGUUCUUUGGUUGUGAGCAAAUUCAUCAAGGAUAAGGCCGGCAAUGCAUCAAGGAGGCAGAGUAUUCGUUGCAUCGAUGCAGAGUCUACGAAACCAAUGGAGGUUGAUCAUCUACGAGAUGACGGUAGAAUGGCCCCGCGGUCUGGUUCGAGUAGAUUUACCGCGGAACCCUUGGUCCUCCAUGGCAACGUCUUCAAGGUUUCUCUCGCCCCUACGAGCGUUGUCGAAUUACGACAAUGGAUCGUGAAAGCAGCGUCCGGACGAGAGUGCCCUACCGGGUUUAACUUCCCUGCCGUGGAUCAGACCGUUUCCAAGGCUUGGAUCGAGGCCUACGAUGCCAUGGACGUUCUGAAGGGGACAGCACCGUGUGUGCUUUGGAGCAGAGCAGUCGAAGAGUUCCGUAGAAAGAUGAGCGGAAUUCCUCCCGUCGCCGGCGACGCCGGCAAGGUGCUGUUGAGAGCGAUGCAGCACCGUGAGGCCGAGGGCGGCGUGCUGCUGUCGCUGGCGGACGACUCGGCACCUGUGGCGAGCGACAUGCUUCACCUGGACCCGUCGUGGCUCAUCGAGCUGGUGAGGCGCUUGGCAGAUCACAACCUUGUGGACAAGGACAAGAAGAAACGUGGAUCUCUGGAGCAGGGGCUCCGUGUGUACGCCAAACGACAGGGCCUUGCAGCGGCGCCGCUCUUCGACAUACACAACGUAUACUGUAGGUCUGGUCGUCUAAACCGGGCUUACCUCCGCUUCCUGUGGAUGCACCGCAAAAUUGAAGGCCCAGGACCAACGGUGGACCUCACCGACCCCGAGUUCGAGUCAAUCGUGUCAACGAUGGAGAGACUCUUGGUCAUGUACACGGCCCGCGAUGCGGACAAUCUUGUGGUUCCGGCCCGUCUCCAAGAGUACGGUGAUCAGCGUAUCCCGGACAGACUGACGAAUAUGGUUCUAAAAAUAGAGUGUUCGUUUGGUCAAGUCUACCCCCCACCAGGCAUAGUUGGUCGUUUCCUUGCCUGGUCAGCGCAGCAAGUUGCCGACUACGGCGAGUGCUGGCAGCACGGAGCGUUCUUCAGCUAUAAAUACCAAUACGCGCGGUACGACGUCUUUCUGUAUGAGUCGGAAGUCGAAGAGGCCCACCAGGAUGGGACAGUGGAUAUGUUUGCUGGUCUCACAUUGGGCAUCCAGGGGCCACCACCCCAGGCUGCAGAGGUUCUCGAAGAGCUGAGAAAGUCGCUGGAAAGCCUAGUGUCGGAUUCAGCUUACGGAUACCCUGGCCUCGUCGGCCCGAUGUACUUCAGACCUGCGGAGGAAAUCGAAUCAUCCCUACUUGUCCGCUUGGGCUCCGUCCUUGACAACCUGGGCAACGUCGCAGAUCGGAUGGAGGUAGUCACUGGCAGGGUGGAGGUAGUCGCAGACAGCCUGGAGGAGACAGUGCGGAAGCUCGGUGGAAUUGUAACCCAGCUGUUGGAACAAGAUUUGCUGCCCGCGAGCGAUGAGCAGAGCGCGUACCCGCGCCUGGUGCUCGUGCGGCCGGAGCUGGAGACCGCGGAAGAUAUGACACACGAACGGAUCCAGCGUGCGGGUUGGGACAGGUGGACGAAGGCCCUUUCCGAGAUGGGGUUUCAUAAGUUUCGAGUCCACUUCCUCUGUGGGCAUGACCUUUCGGAGGUCCCCUGUGGUCCAGGGGGACGUGGCUUUCCCAUCAAGCACCCUAAAGAUUGGGUCAAACAGUGGCUCCCGCUAAUGCAGGUGUCGCUGUGGAUGUUGCGGGUGGCCGUUGGCGCCGUGUCAAACGUUGACCUGCCCCUGAACAAAGUGCUGGGUGCUUUCGUUAUGGCAACAGGUGCUGAGCUAUUGGAGGGUGUGGGUAAGGUCCCCGAUAGGAUCAGUAGUGCUGCACUCCCCGUGUUCAGCGAGGGGGCGACACGAGCAGAGAUGGAUGGGUUUAAAGACUUGCGGGGCAAAUCUUAUGAAGGCCUGUGCAAGUUCAUGCGGGAUGUGGAAUCAUCACCUCCUCAGUGUUUGUCAGGGUGUCUUCCCUGCCACCGCACACUAGCUGUCGUCGACUGGAGGGAUCACAUGGUUCAAGUGAGGAACCCCAGCACGGGGAGGCGUGCUUGGGUGCUGAAAACGAACGAAAAGGCAUUUCUUCGCGAGCACGGAGGCGCUCCGGCAACGGCUGGAGCCCCGGUUUCGUAG